CUCAAUUGACCUCUCUCAUCAACAAGCCAUUUCUGUCUGCAGAACUGUCGCUCACUGGAUGAUUUUGAUUUGGUAACAUUCUGAGUAAACUCUAGAGACUGUUAUGAGUGAAAAUCCCAGGAGAUCAGCAGUUACAGAAAUACUGUACACAAUACUUUUAUAAAUUGAAGAGCAUAUUUACUUAUAUGAGCCCAUUAUUAUCCUGUUUGUUUCCUAAUUUCAAACAUCAUUCAAACAGAACAAACAUAUUACACAGGAGGAAAGGCUCUUCAUUACCAUGUACCAGGUCAGUGUAGCUAGUCUAAAAUAUAGUAAUAAUAAUAAUAAAUUAUAGUAUUUAUGAAAAAUAAAUUCCAGCUGAAACACAUCUUGAAACUUUAAAUACAACUGCCACUGUUGAUAUAAAAGUCUAAUAGAUUUUACCUUUAGAUUAUUUCAUAUGAAACUAUAACUGUUACUUUUACUCAUGUAAAAUUGUGAAACAAUUUUGUAAAGGUGAUGAUGUAUAAUAAUAAUAAUAAGAUUUGUUGCUCUUCUCCUCCUCAGUGCUGUUUGGCAUGUCAGGGCUGUCUACAGUUUGAGAGGUUUGACUUGACUUCCUCCGUAACACUUUAAACUAGAAAAGUCUCUCUAGAAUUGAAAUUGGUCACAUCAGUUUUGAGGUCUGCACUCCGCAAUAUCGAGAGAAGCCCGGUUGUUGCGUGCGCGUGUCAGAGAGAAGAGCAGAUCAUGAUCGCGAGCUGAUUCUGUUACACUCAAGUGAAAGUGCAGAUGAGAAAUCUUUAGCUGAUUGUGAGAUUAUCAUUAAAUCUGCCUCAGCAGUCCUAAAUAGGCGAUCACUUGUGCGGCCGCCGAAAUAUCUUCAAUGGGAGAACCAUGGCAUUGUUCUUUCCCUGCUGUCCGCGACCCAGUCCGAAUAGACCCGCGACCCAAUUUUGGGUCGUGAACCACCAGUUGACAACUGGUUUAACUCACCCACACACACACUUAUGUCAGACCCCCUCGCUCGCUUCUCUCUGACAUUUUCUCCGCUGCAUGUGAGUGUGUGUGGGUGUGUGUGUGUGUGUGUGUGUGUGUAGCGCAAGUUGACGAGUCUGACAGGCAAUCAAGGAGGAAAGAAGAUGCGCACGUGUAGGUCUCUAAAUAAGAUGAUCCUGUGUAGUCACAUUUCUUUUGCAGUGCUGUACUGCAUACUGUGGCUCGCGGUGCCUGUCCUGCUGCGCUCUGAAUUCAAGUUGGCCUACGUCACCGAGCGCAGUGUGUACAUGUGCACGUGUGCGCAGGAUCUCGGCUUCUGUGAGAAAAUGAACUCCAGCGAAUGCAACAACUGCAAGAACCAAUCACUUGUGUUUCAGAAGGCUGAGAGCCCCAGCCCAGUGCAAAAGAAGCGCCUGACGGUCUGGUAUACCUCACCCCUUAACGUGGCCCUCCUGUUGAACAACUCAGAAAUUAGGCACCUGUCAUUGGUCCAGUGCAAACCUGCUGUUGACCAGCCUAUCUCAUUUGACUACUUCACAGUACAGCGUCUGGAAAGUCUAACAGUCACCUAUCCAUUCUGGAAGCCUGUCCUGAGUUAUAAUAUCACAAUUGGCAAAGAGAGAGGUGCUCCCUACCACGAGGAAGCGAGAAUCGCAGUCAUUCACACCUCUGUGUUGACUGGAAAAACAGAGCUAAAGUCCUACACUGUCCAAACCAAAGUGGAUCACAAUGGCAUGAUGUCCUUCCCAGACAUUUACAUGUCUCGCAAUGGGCUUUCGGAAAUGUCCAGGAUAUUUGUCACUUUUCUGUACUGAGAAGCCUAUGAAUCGACUUCCAUAUUUCCUCAGUGGCAUAUUGUAGUAUUUGAUCAUAACACACAUUUCAUCUAGCUAUUAUAUACUAUGAUGUUACAUAGUUGCUCUCACUAUUAAACAAAUAACUGUUCUGCAUAUUUGGUAAUGUAUAUAAUUUAUUUAGUAAUGUAUAUAAUCAAUAUACAAAUACAUAAUAUAAAUUCUUAUAGCAAAUAUUGACCACAUGCAUGUCAUUUCUGAUUAAAGGCCAUGUACAAAGACUUUAUUCUCAAAAAUUAAAAAAAGACUUGGCAACAGUUUCUACAAAGCCAGUAUUUAGAAUGCAUUGUAAAGGUUGUAAAAAUCCAUUAUAAUGCAUCUGUUAUGUCUCAUAAUACAUUUUGUAAUAUGUUAUAACUUCACAAAAAAAAUUGUAACCACAAUUAUAAUACAUAAUCACACUUACAUAUUCAAAGAUAUACCUUAGAGUAUAAUGCAUUUUAACAUGACCAACAUCAAAUUUUAUUCACUGAUUUGCAUAAUUUAUAAUGUAUUAUAUGUGUAUAUAUAUAUUUAAGCAAUAUCACAUGAGCAAGAGUGCGAUAUGGCCCUACAUCAGCACUGCUGUGAUUCGGCUGCAGGAUGAGUGUUGUAGGUAAUCACAGCAGUGCUGAUGUAGGGCCAUAUAGUACAAUCGCGAAUGUGAUAUUGCUUAUAUACAACAGUUCAAUGAACAAGUCAAUUUAAUAAAAUGAGUACAGUCAUAAAAACGCAUUUGUGCAUGGAACUACUUUCUUACGUCAUGGAUCAGAAACUGCCAUUGCUGGUUCAAAACAAAUGAUGCGUCCAAACCUCUGUUAGUAAUUCAAAAAUGUCACUUCAGAAAUAGUAUCAUGGCUUGUGCUGUUUCGAACAAGUUAUUGGAUAAACAAGGAUGUGUGUGUGUGUGUGUGUGUGUGUGUGUGUGUGUGUGUGUGUGUGUGUGUGCUCUUAACAUAUAAGCACUGGUCUUACACUGUAGUUUAGAAUGGCAAGAACAGAAGCGGAGUGAUACACACAAUGAAGUGACAGAGUGCUGAUGUUGUCAGACCAUCAGUGCUUAUGGAAUGUCUCUCAUCCAGUCAGAUUCGAGGACCAGAAGUAACUGUUCUGAGUAAACUCUAGAGAAUGUUGUAUGUGAAAAUGCCAGGAGAUCAGCAGUUACAGAAAAACUUAAACCAGCCCGUCUGGCACCAACAAUCAUGCCACUGUCGAAAUCACAGAGAUAAUUUUUUCCCCUUUCUGUUGGUUGAUGUGAACAUUAACUGAAGCUCCUGACCCGUAUAUGCAUGAUUGUAUGCACUGCACUGCUGCCACAUGAUUGGCUGAUUAGAUAAUCACAUGAAUGAUUGGUGUACAGGCGUACCUAUUAAAGUGGUCGGUGAGUGUAUAUUUCUCAGCAAAUAUUGAUAUAUGUGAUUUAUUAUGAUUUACUUAAUUAAUUUAUCAAUCAACACAUCAUGUAAUUAAUUUGAUUAAAAGUAAUUAUGUAAAAUGUAAUAUGUAAAUGUUUAGUGCUAAUAUGCCAAAAUUAGGUAGUUGCCAUUAGAUACUUUAGUUUAGAUCUUAAAAAACUAGAGUCCACCAUGCAUCCUACCUACCAACCCUACUUCUAGCUCCACGUUAUUUCAUGGGGUGAACUUUUUUAGACCAAGUGGCCUCACCAGCUCAGUCACGAAACCUGUGUAGAAAAUGUCAAAUGUUACUCCAAAAUAAAAAAAGAGACAAAUAAGAAAUUAUAUUUUGCAUAUAGAAAUGAAUGCUAUUUUAGGGCCAUUCACUUUUCUUUCUUUUUCACAAUGAUGGUUAUGGAUAUUUCAACUUAGUUUUCAAUGCCAUAAUGCAAAAAAGAUGGUCUUUAUGAUAUUGUCAUCACCAGAGUGUGAAAGAAAAUUAUAUAUUAUUUAAAUAGUGAAGUAUUUAAACAUCAUAGUAUUACUUAUAUGUACUGCCUUUCAUUUUCACUGAUAAUUAAAAAAUAAAUCAUAGCCUAGACAUAUAAUGCUGUUGCAUCAUGGGUGACCUGAGUACAAGUCCCGGCUCAUGAUGUCCUUUCUAAUUCCCACUCUCUUCUCCCCAGUCAUUUCCUGUCAUCUCUCCACUGUCCUCUUGCUAAUAAAGUCUAAGAUGUUCCCCUAAAUACAUAGGGUCAGGUACCUUGUAGAUUUGCAGUAUUUUAUACUGAACUGUUAAUUAACUGUAUGCUUGUAAGGAUUUCUAUUGUGAUAAAUCGCUAAUUUUGGGUUUAUUUUAAAGUAUGUGGCUAAUUUUCAGCUUGUUUUUCCAGACCAGAUUAUUGUUUCUCUAGCAAGAUCUGGCAACACUGAAACUGGUAUAUCAAUCACAAGGUGAUUAAAAUGGUGAAAAAUUCAACAGCAAUGGUGACUACUUGUCUUAGCACCUAUAGUAUCCUACCAUAUAUAUUUGAACCUAAAAUAAUGAUGUUGGAAAAGAACGUUUAUGGACAUGUUAUUUCUCAUCUUGCCAGCUAUAGGGCAACAUCUACAGUAUAUGUGUUUUGUUUGUUUGUUUUUUUAUGCUUUCUCGUAUGUCAUAUUAAAGCAAAGCUUGAGACGUAAAUUGCAAAGACUGUGUUCUCAGUGAUCUCCCAACAAGGGGGCCCUUGCCAGUCCUCAUUUUUUGUCAUGGUCAUUUGAUCACCCUGAUUUCUUGUUGUUGGGGUUAGGGUUAGGUUAAUUCUUGUUAAUUGAGAAUUACCCACCCAAUACACUAUUUUGCAUCUAUUAUUGCAUCUGCACAUCUGUUUGAGACCUUUGAUUAUGUAUGUUUCUUGUGUUUGCUUUAAAUGCCACUUUUAAACUGAUUGCUGACA